AAAGAACUUCCUGGGAAAAAGAACGCGAAAACUAGCCAAGUAGCCACCUUGCCAGCUAAGCCACCCAUCGAACAAAAUUAAGAAAAAAUAUAGCUAUAGAAUGAGCUGAUGAAUUCCGUGCAUUUUGAGUAAGGGUGCGUGCACAUUAGUACAUUCUGCUGCACCGAGGUAAUUUAUCGGGAGCAAAAAAGAAUUGCUUUCUUGUCAUUUUGCUCGCUAGCUAAAGAAGAUAGCUAUAUGCACAAGCUUGUGGGAACCUGCUUUUGUUUUCGAAGAAAAUGAUCAACUUUGAAGCUCCGUUCUGAAAUCUUCCAACCCUAUCCAAGCUGUGCAUCACCUUAUAUAGUGUGCCAAUUUAGGGUUGUUAUGUCUAGGUGCUCUAAGCAAAUUGAGCAGAACUGAUUGAGCAGAUAGUGUAUUUAAUAUAUUGUGUAGUUUAGUCUCACUCAUCUGCUGUUAAGCCUUUGUUGGACAUAGCAGUAUAUAUUCAGACUAUUGGGAUAUAGUAAUAAAACUGUGAGUGCAAGACUAGAUUACUUUGGCUAGUUUAGUGUGAAGCAGAAAAGGAGCCUGGUUCAGUCAGUUGAGUUUGGGUCGCGUGCGGUUCUGGAGCGGCCAUGCUUUCGAAAGUCCAGCCCUGCUUCCAGCUUCUGAGGAUAGGCUCCUCCUCCCCGGCCACGGACGCGGCGCGGGACCUGUACACGUUCCGGCCGGCCCUGAGCCACUCGCUGUUCCGCCUGGGGCGCACGGUGGAGCUGUGCGACGUGGUUCUGCAGUCCGCCUCCAUCUCCAGGAUCCACGCCGAGCUGCACGCCGAGAGGGAGGAGGCCGAGGAGGCCAAGGAGGAGGGGUGGAGGGUGCUCAUCAAGGACCGCAGCAGCCACGGCACAUGGGUGAAUGAAAUUCGCCUGCAACCAGGUGUCCAGUGGGAGCUCUCCGAUGGCGACACACUCACGUUUGGUGGGCAGUCUGAAGGAGGAAGCCCCGAGUUUUACUUCCUCUUCCAGAAAGUUCUGGUUCGACCCUCUGACUUUGAUGCCAUCACUGUCCCAAAGGCGAGCUCGUUCUCCUCCGACCUUCAGAACCGAAUCAGGACCAACCUGGACCCCAAGACGGAACCAAAUUUAGAUCUCUCCCCCAUAAACAAGGCAACUGUCAUAUUGAACUCUAUCGGAAGCCUGAGCAAAAUGAACGGGAGCUGUUGGACUUUCAAGAGGACGGACAAAAACAAUACGCACCAAAAUUCCGCCUCCUCUCCGACCUUCCGGUCCAUAAUCCCUCCCUCCACCCCACCAUCCUUUCCCUCCGCCACCUCGGUCUCCGCAUCGAUGUCCGUGCCCCCCUCCUCCAAAAGCAGGCGGAAGUCCGCUCACACGGUCCUGCUGGAGGACGACAGCUCGGACGAAAUGCACAAAAACGGAGAGGCGGAGGACCGGCGGAGGAAGAAGGGGAGGAAGCGGAGGCGCCUCUGCAGGUCCGAGUCGGAGGCCUUCCAGGCCUGGGGGCCCAAGGCGGAGCAGGCCGCCGGCAGGCAGGCCGCGCGCGGGCAGUUCGACCUGAAGCCGGAGCCGAGCCGCGGCGCCCCGUGCUCCGCCCUGCGGGUGAGCGCCAAGCCCGGCCACGUGUUCGCCGUCUCCGCCCAGAGGCAGGGGUUCCGGUGGAACCUGAAGGUGGGCCCGGACGUCAGGGCCCCCCCGCCACUGCCACACUCCGCCAGGAAAGCGCUUCCCCUGUCCUCCCGAGGGAGGAGGAGGGCCCACAGCUCCCCCGUCUACUCCUCCAUGGUGGUGGGGGGGGAGAACUACACGCUGGUCUCCCCGUCCCUGAGGCUGUAUGAGGGAGACGGGGACAGGGAGAGGGGGGAGUUCACUCGAUUGCGCAUCAAUAGUGGUAAACGUCGGGGCAGGCCAAGAAAGCACCCGCUCCCUCAGCCGCCCACGUGCUCCCCUUCGUCGUCCUCAUCCUCGUCCUCCUCUUCCUCCUCCUCCUCCUCCUCGUCGUCCUCCUCCUCCUCCGAGGACGAGAGGGUGCGGGGGGAGGAGCCCUGCGCCUCGGCCCGCUGCCGCCUGCCCCAGCAGGAGACGGUGCAGUGGAUCCAGUGCGACGACUGCGACGCCUGGUACCACGUGGACUGCAUCGAGCGCGCCCAGGGCUCCCGCGCGAUCGACACCAGCGCGGACUUCCACUGCGGCUGCCGGUGAGAGAACCCCGCGCGCGGGUCGGACGUUCCACAUCGCCACCUCCGCCGAACAGAAGCCGGAACAUCACACCGUCUGCUUACAGCACAAUGCAGUUUGCCCAAUCCAUACCGAACGGAAUCCCAAUGGUUGUUCCGAUUGUACAUGCUUCAGCGACUGUUUCUUUCGAAUCCUUGAUAAUAGGAC